UCACAGGUUAAAUCAAACGUCCCUCUCACUGGGAGCAGCGUUUCAGGUGAGGAAGCAGCAGAGGAAGUGCAGUCCAACAUGAGGCCAAACAUGACUCUCGUGGUGCUGCUACUGCUAGCGGUGUGUUUCCUCGGUGUGUAUACGCUCUCACAUGUGGAGGAGAUGAAGACCCAGGAGCGGCUCUUCCUCGGCUCUCUGGGGCUCUCCGGGCUGCCUCAGCCGGCGGGGAGCCACCAGGCCCGGCGCCAUGUCCCCUCCGCGGUCUGGAGGAUGUUCCGGAGGUCAGAGAACAUGAAGGCCCGGGAGAGCGACCCCUGCACGGUGUCAGAGUACGGAGUCCGCGGCAACAUCAUCCGAUACGUUCAGGACCAAGGCAGGCUGGUGUCUGGCUGGAGCAGCAGCUGUCAGGCCUGUCUGGAGAAGCAGCUUUAUUUCAACAUGUCCAUGCUGCAGCCUGUGGAGCUGCUGUCUCUGGCUCAGCUGGAAAUCAAGUUCCACUGGAAGCCCUUCAGUUCUGCGGAGCUCCUGCAGGGGCCACGGACCCUCAGUGUGUCUCUGUAUACAGUGAUUCGAGCCACGCUAAGGGGCGCCAAUCCCCAGGCCAACCGCAGACUCCUGCUGUCCCAGUCGGUCCAGCUGCAGCCUGAGCCCUCCUCCAUCACCUUGGACCUCACCUCCCUGGCAGAGAGCUGGCGCAAACCGGGACGCAACUACGGUUUGGUUUUGGAGCUCCUACCUUUCAGCGUAGAUGCGAAAGAGCUUCUUCCUUUUCAUCCUGGGAACUCCCUUCCUCUGGAAACAGCCUUCGCCCUGCCACUGAUUCAGGCCAUGCUGGUGGCGGUCUCCCUGAACCCCCACCAGUGUCGCACCAGACAAAGAAGGAACGCCAUCCACCUCCCAGUGACCCCCAGCAACGUGUGCAAGGCCCGCCGCCUCUACAUAGACUUCAAGGACGUGGGCUGGCAGGACUGGAUCAUCGCCCCGCAGGGCUACAUGGCCAACUACUGCCACGGCGAGUGCCCGUUCCCGCUCAGUGAGAGUCUGAACGGGACCAACCACGCCAUCCUGCAGACCCUGGUGCACUCCCUGGACCCCAGCGGCACCCCCCAGCCCUGCUGUGUCCCCAUCCGCCUCGCCCCCAUCUCCAUGCUGUACUACGACAACAACGACAACGUGGUGCUUCGGCACUACCAGGACAUGGUGGUGGAUGAGUGCGGGUGUAGAUGAGUAGGCUGGAUCCUGGGAGGACGUUGUCGGCCGGAAAAAGGACAUGUAAAGACCCCGCACCGACAACGUGUAUAUUUGUGUUUUUGAUCUUUAGGACAAUAAACCUCUGUUUUUCUCCUUCCGGCCCUUUUUAAACUGUGUGUGAGUGGAGAGGCUCACACUCACCUUCGUGCCUGAUAACACCCCCACAGCCAGCCAGCCAGACAGACCACUGGGGUUGCCAUGACGACGACCGAUCGCUGCAGCAACCAGGGGGAGGCUGACGGGUUGUUGUAAUUAGUGAGCGAGACAGAGAGAGAGUUUGGGGUGUAAAGGAUGAGAGAAAAGACCCAUUUUAACAUAAUCUUGGCUCCCUAAUGUUGCAAGUAGAAUGGGACUUUUAGAAAUAUGGUCUUUAACAAUCACCAGACUGUUUCUUCCACAUGUUUUUAUACCAUUAUUGACCAUUUCUGUUAUUGAUCAUUGUUCAGACACUGUAAAACAACAUCAUUAACGUUGCGAAAUGUUCCCCUUAAUCUGUUACUUUGAAAAAAAUAUUUUACACACUGUCAAUACUUAAUCAUAUUCCGCUUGUUACACCACAUGUUGAAUUGCUAAAACAUUCAAAUGUCAAAUGGUUGUGUGGAUGUAUGCAUUUUAUUACAGCAAUCUUUAUUAUCUUGACACAAAGCUCAAAUUAAUGUUCUGUCAUUUGAACAAUAAACUGAACUAUAAAUAUC